AUGCCGAAGCGAACGACGCAUACGUACUCGAGCGAGGACGCUUUGCCGGACGGCCCCGAUUCCGAUCUCUUCGUUUAUUACUGCAAGUUUUGCGGCUCUCAUGUCCUCAUCACCGAUACACAAUUGCAGAAAAUGCCGAAAAGGAAGACGGACAAAGCAUAUGUGUUGGACAGGAAGAAGCAUUUGGCUAGGCUAAACACAAGUGAAGCAGGAAAGGUCCUAUUGAAGCGGGGCGAAGGUAAAUUGGAGAAGCAGUUUCGGAUGAAUUGUUUGGGUUGUGAGCUGUUUGUUUGUUACCGAGCAGAAGAGGAAAUGGAAUCGGCUUCUUUUAUAUAUGUAGUUGAUGGUGCUCUUAGUACAAUUGCCGCUGAAACAAAUCCCCAGGAUGCUCCUGUUCCCCCAUGCAUAUCACAAUUAGAAGGAGGCCUUGUCCAAGUCGCCAUAGAAGUGGAAGACCGUUCACAACGCUCGGCAAUUACAAGGGUAAAUGCUGAUGAUGUCCGUGUUACUGUAGCUGCUCCUGCUGCCCGUGGAGAAGCAAACAAUGAGCUUUUAGAAUUUAUGGGGAAGGUAUUGGGUCUGAAGUUGAGCCAGAUGACUCUUCAGAGAGGGUGGAACAACAAAUCAAAGCUCCUGGUGGUUGAGGAUUUGAGUGCCAGGCAGGUAUACGAGAAACUUCUCGAAGCCGCACAACCUUGA